GGCCGUGACCACCCUGUGACCCCCGCCCUCUCCGUGCCCAGCUCCAUGGAUCCGUGCCCGAGCAGGCCCAAAGCCCCGUCCUUCCUGUCCGACCUGGGCAAGGCCACCCUGCGGGGCAUCCGCAGGUGCCCGCGCUGCGGCACCUACAACGGCACGCGGGGGCUCAGCUGCAAGAACAAGACGUGCGGCGCCGUGUUCCGGGCGGGCGCGCGGCGCCAGCCCGGCGCCGAGGCCGUGCGGCUGCUGGGCGGCUCGCGCGGCCAGCUCUACUCGGUGCGCCAGCGCCACCGGCGCUGCUUCGUGGAGCUGGGCGUCUCCGAGACGGCCAUCCAGACCGAGGGCACCCUGAUCACCCAGCUGAGCUCGGGGCGCUGCCACGCGCCCGCCUGCGCCAAGGCGGCGGCCGACGGGCAGUGCCAGCACCUGAAGCUGGCGCUGGGCUGCCAGGCCGAGGCCACGCCGCUGCCGCUCAAGAGCUCGGUGCUGGGCGCCGUGCAGGCUCCCGCCGAGGCCAAGCAGAGCCUGUGGGAGCUGGCCACCGAGCCCACGGGGCCGCUGGUGCAGAGGGUCACCAAGAGCGUGCUGGUGGUCAAGUGCAAGGCCAGCCAGAGGCACAGCCUGGGCUACCUGCACGCCAGCUUCGGCCAGCGGCGCUUCUCCUGCGCCUGCCGCGCGCCCGGGCACGGCCGCGCCGAGCCGGACGAGGAGGAGGAGGAGGAGGAGGAGGAGGAAGAGGAAGAGUCGCCCCCCGCGCGCUGCAUCCACUUCCUGGCCUGCAUCUGCGCCUUCGCCAGCGACGAGAGCCUGGCCCAGGAGUUCUCCGAGUUCCUGGCCUCCGACGGCAGCGGUCUGAAGGGGACGCUGAUCCCGCAGCUGCUCCGUGGCCCCGGCUCCGCGGCGCGGGCUCGGGGGGCGGCUGCCGCCAAGGCCAAGAGGAGGAGAAAGGACCUGGGGCCAGGCCCACAGGUGCCCGGGCCCCUGCUGGCUCCAGACCCGGCUCAUCCCGGCCCCAGGAGGAGCAGCCUGAGGAAGCUGCCGGUCGUCUCCUCCUCACCCUCCUCCUCCUCCUCCUCCUCCUCCUCGCUGAAGAGACACGGCUGUCACCAGGUGCUGGACGAGUCCCAGGUGUCCCUGUCCUUCCAGGAGUGGCUGGGCAGUGUCACGGAGCGCAUCCACCAGACCAUGCACUACCAGUUUGAGGGCCGCCCGGAGCCGCUGGUUUUCCACAUCCCCCAGUCCUUCUUCGAGGCUCUCCAGCAGCGCAUCUCCAGCGGCAGCGGCAAGAAGAGGCUCCCCAACUCCACCACGGCCUUUGUGCGCAGGGACGCGCUGCCCCUGGGCACCUUCUCCAAGUACACCUGGCACAUCACCAACGUCCUGCAGGUGAAGCAGAUCUUCGACACGCCCGAGGUGCCGCUGGAGAUCACGCGGAGCUUCGUGCAGAACCGCGACGGCUCCUACGAGCCCUUCCGCAGCCCCCGCGUGGCGGUGGAGAGCCUGCCCGAGGGGCUGGGCCCGCACGAGAAACAGCCCCCGCUGCGGCCCCUGGAGCUGCAGACCUUCCUCAAAGUCGACGGAGCCCACGCCCUUCACCAUCGAGUGGAUCCCCGACAUCCUGCCGCGCUCCCGCCUGGGCGAGCUGCGCCUCAAGUUCCAGUCCUUCCCCGUGCCCUCCGUGUCCCCGGUGCCACCCGGCAGCUCCACACCAGCCCCGUGUGCCUCAAGGCGCGGGCGGCGCGGGUGCGCGGGGGCAAGGGGGACAGGCCGGUGACGUACGAGCAGGCGCACGCGCCCCAGCACAUCGGGCACCGCAAGGGCUGGCUGUCCCUGCACACCGGGAACCUGCGUGGCGAGGCGGGCGCGGCGCCGCGGGCGCUGGAGGACGCCUUCCUGCGGCGCUUCCUGGCUGGCACCUUCCCGGGGCUCCUGGCCGACGAGGCGGUGCUGAAGCGCCGCGGGAACCUGCUGGUGGUCUGUGCCCUGCUGGGCCGGGCACUGCCACCCCACAAGCUCUACUUCCUGCUGGGCUACGCCGAGACCCUGCUGGGCAACUUCUACAAGUGCCCCGUGCGCCUGGAGCUGCAGACCGUGCCCGCCCGCGUGCCCUACAAGUACCUCUAGGGCCGGGAGAAACCUAUAAAUGGCCCUAAAGGAAUGAUCUGGGGUAUCCCCCCUGUGCCCUACAAGUACCUCUAGGGCCGGGAUAAACCUAUAAACGACCCUAAAGGAGUGUCCUAUAAAUGCCCCUAAAGGAAUGCUCUGGGGUAUCCCCCCUGUGCCCUACAAGUACCUCUAGGGCCGGGAUAAACCCAUAAAUGGCCCUAAAGGAAUGUCCUAUAAAUGCCCCUAAAGGAACGCUCUGGGGUAUCCCCCCUGUGCCCUACAAGUAUCUCUAGGGCCGGGAAUAAACCUAUAAAUGGCCCUAAAGGAACGCUCUGGGGUAUCCCCCCUGUGCCCUACAAGUACCUCUAGGGCCGGGAUAAACCUAUAAAUGGCCCUAAAGGAGUGUCCUAUAAAUGCCCCUAAAGGAACGCUCUGGGGUAUCCCCCCUGUGCCCUACAAGUACCUCUAGGGCCGGGAUAAACCCAUAAAUGGCCCUAAAGGAAUGUCCUAUAAAUGCCCCUAAAGGAACGCUCUGGGGUAUCCCCCCUGUGCCCUACAAGUACCUCUAGGGCCGGGAUAAACCUAUAAACGACCCUAAAGGAGUGUCCUAUUAACGGCCCUAAAGGAACGCUCUGGCAUGUGUCCUAAAAGUGCCUGUAGGGCCGGGAAUAAACCUAUAAAUGGCCCUAAAGGAGUGUCCUAUAAACGGCCCUAAAGGAAUGCUCUGGGGUAUCCCCCCUGUGCCCUACAAGUUCCUCUAGGGCCGGGAAUAAACCUAUAAACGGCCCUAAAGGAAUGUCCUGUAAACGGCCCUAAAGGAAUGAUCCGGGAUAUCCCCCCUGUGCCCUACAAGUACCUCUAGGGCCGGGAUAAACCCAUAAAUGGCCCUGAAGUC